AUGUCCAAGAACUCCGCUUACAACAGUUAUCACGAUGAUUUAUCUAGUCUGGAGGAUCAACAAUCUCCAGCUGGUAGUGAAUCACCAUUGCCGUACGACGAUCAAGGGCUACCAGAAGUAAGUGUAAAGGCAUUAAAUCUGAUGUUAGUUUAGGACCCAGCUAAUGGAGACGCUCCUGAAGAACAAGAAGAUCCACGAGACUAUUGCAAAGGAGGAUAUUACCCUGUUCAGAUAGGCGAAGUUUUUAAUGGAAGAUAUCACGUGAUUAGGAAGGUUGGAUGGGGCCAUUUCUCUACAGUUUGGCUAUGUUGGGACACUCAGUCUCGCAGAUUUGUUGCUUUGAAGAUUGUGAAGUCAGCGGAGAACUACGCAGUAUCAGCUGCUGAUGAAAUUACCGUAAGUAUUAGUUUUAUUUUUGAAUUUUAGGUGUUAUUAAAGUGGAAGUGUUUACUGUUAUCUUUUAGAUAUUAAGGGAAUGUAUGGAGAAAGGCCCUCAUCAUGGAAAGAGUCGAGUGAUCGAGUUUUUGGACAGCUUUAAAAUCUCGGGAGUAAAUGGAGAACAUACUUGCAUGGUGUUCGAAGUGUUGGGAUGUACUUUACUCAAGCUCAUAAUAAGGACAAAUUACUCUGGACUAAUGUUGGAACAUGUCAGAGUAAUAAUUAAGCAGAUACUGGAAGGCUUGUCCUAUUUACACGACGAUUGUAACAUUAUUCACACUGACUUGAAACCAGAAAAUGUUUUAGUUGAAAUGACACAUUCAGAGAUUCGAAAAAUGGCUCGCGACACCAUCGUCCGACGGAAUUUGGGGUUAAAACCUGAUAUUACUGAAUCUUGCAACAUGUAUAAGGUAAGUGGGUACUAAUAAUUUUGUAUUUAAUGGUUAUUUUUAUGUUUUAGUUGUUUCUUUUGUUAAUGCAAGAUUUUUUAUAGACUGACGAAAAGAAAAUGUCGAAAAACAAGAAGAAAAAGUUGCGGAAAAGGAAAAAGAAGCAACGCGAAUUGCUGGAAAAGCAGCUGUACGAGGUUGAAGGGAUGAACAUUUCAAUUAACGAUGAGUGUGGAGAAUUGGAAGCCUCUCCAAGUGAAGCCAUUAAGUCUUCAGCAAUCCCCGAUUACCUGUUGAACGAUGCUCUACCGCCAAUUCCUCGAGUUACAACCCUAAACUUGUCAAACAACGAAAAUGUGGAAAAUACGAACACAAAAACGAAAAAGAAGAAGAAAGUGAGUUGAUUAUAUUAAGUAUAAUGUCCUUAUGUUCAGAAGAACAAAAAGAAUAACAAAAACAAGGAACCCGUAGAAGCAGAAAACGGUGAACAACAGCAGAACGGAAACCAUCAACAUGCUUUGUCUCAUCUGCUGGGAACUUCUCCAUUUAAUUCUCCAAGGAACGAAGAGCCGGAGGAAGAUUUUGGAGAUGUAAUUCCUCCCAAGGUGAAGAUCGCCGACUUGGGUAACGCUUGUUGGACAGUAAGUUUAAUGUUUUUAAAUUUUUUGUUUAGAUAUGAUUUUUUAAAUGUGUCAUUCUUUAAUAUUCAAUUUUCAGACACAACACUUCACAUCAGAAAUUCAAACAAGGCAGUACCGUGCUCUUGAAGUCAUUAUUGGCGCUGGAUACGAUACUAGUGCUGACAUUUGGAGUGUGGCCUGCAUAGCUUUUGAGUUGGCAACAGGAGAUUACCUGUUUGAACCGCAUGGAGGACAAACUUAUGGAAGAGAUGAAGAUCAUCUUGCUCAUAUCAUUGAACUUUUAGGUAUCAUUCCAGCUUCGAUAUUUAAACGUGGAAAGUAUUGGCAGCAGUACUUCAACAAGGUAAGUAAAUUACCUCAUUUAUUUGACUGUCUACAGUUAUUUUUGGGUACUAAUAGAUGUCACAAACAAAUUAAAUCAAAAUUUGCAAGCUCAUAUUAAGUGUUUUUAUGCGAUUAAGCGUAUGGUAUUUACAGUUAUUUUAAUUUUAGCUUGGCGGUUUGCUGCACAUACCGAACCUACGACCAUGGUCAUUGUACGACGUCUUGGUGGAAAAGUAUCAAUGGCCCGAGCCUCAAGCUCGAGGCUUUUCCGACUUCUUGUUGCCGAUGUUGGAAUUUGACCCCGCCAAGAGAAUAAGAGCUACCGACGCUCUAAAACACCCGUGGAUAAACACACCGAUCUCAGAAGACGCUUCUUCAUCUACUUAUUAUUCACCACAGGAUAGUUGCUUCUCGCCUCCGAUGCCCCGGAAGUACUCAAUCUAA